AUGGGCUUCAUGCUCAGGAAACCUGAUGAUGCAGCGGGCUCCGCUGCCCCUGCUAUCAUGAUCGGCCUGUUUGUGGCUUUUGGUGGUGUUUUGUAUGGCUAUGACACUGGCACCAUUAGUGGCAUUCUGGCCAUGAAAUACUGGCGGGAGACCUUCUCGACCGGUUAUGUGAAUCCCGCGGAUCAAAUUCCCGAUGUCACCUCUUCCCAGUCCUCAAUGAUCGUGUCUCUGCUGUCUGCCGGUACUUUCUUUGGGGCCCUCACUGCGGCACCCGUUGCCGAUUACUUUGGCCGUCGCAUCGGUAUGAUCCUGGACUGCUUUGUGUUCUGCUUUGGUGUGGUCUUGCAGACUGUGGCCACUGCCAUCCCCUUGUUCGUUGCUGGUCGCUUUUUCGCCGGAUUCGGCGUUGGAUUGCUGUCCGCAACCGUUCCCCUGUACCAGUCCGAGACAGCUCCUAAAUGGAUUCGUGGUACCAUUGUCGGUGCUUAUCAGCUUGCAAUCACAAUUGGCCUGCUGCUCGCAGCCAUUGUCAACAACUCGACCAAAGACCGCGAUGACACCGGCUCCUACAGGAUUCCCGUUGCCGUCCAGUUCGCCUGGGCCAUCAUCUUGGUUGUUGGAAUGAUCGUCCUCCCCGAGACACCCCGUUUCUUGAUCAAGCAGGACAGACACGAGGAUGCCACCAAGGCACUUGCUCGUCUUCGCCGUCUGGAUAUAAAUGAUCCUGCACUUGUUGCAGAGAUUUCAGAGAUUCAGGCCAACCAUGAAUUUGAGCUUAGCGUCGGCACCGCUAGUUACCUGGAGAUCCUCCGUGGGUCCAUCGGCAGACGUCUUGCCACAGGAUGUGCUGUCCAGGCAUUGCAGCAACUGGCUGGUGUUAACUUCAUCUUUUAUUACGGCACCAAGUUCUUCCAGCACUCUGGAAUCAACAACAGCUUCAUCAUUACCUUGAUUACCAAUAUUGUCAAUGUUGUGUCAACCUUCCCUGGUCUUUGGAUGGUUGAGAAGUGGGGUCGUCGCCCACUCUUGCUGUUCGGGGCCGUUGGAAUGUGCGUCAGUCAGUUCAUUGUGGCCAUUGUGGGUAUGACCACCGACUCUGGUGUCGCAAACAAGGUUCUCAUUGCGUUUGUUUGCAUUUACAUAUUCUUUUUUGCCUCUUCCUGGGGUCCAGUGGCAUGGGUCGUCACUGGUGAACUUUUCCCGCUCAAGGCCCGUGCAAAGUGUCUUUCCAUCACAACCGCCGCGAACUGGCUCCUCAACUGGGCCAUUGCUUACGCAACUCCGUAUAUGGUUGACGCUGGCCCUGGAAACGCCAACCUCCAGUCCAAGGUAUUCUUCAUUUGGGGUGGAUUCUGCCUCGUUGCUGGUAUCUUCGUGUGGACCUGCAUCUACGAGACCAAGGGCCUUACCCUGGAGCAAGUCGACGAGCUGUACGCCAAGGUCCCCGUUGCGUGGCGCUCCAGAGGCUUCGUACCGUCUGUCAAUUACACAGAGGUGCGCGAUGUUGCCUCUGAACGCACGGGCAGCGGCUUGGCUGAACUGGAGGCAGACGUUCAGGCGAAACAAGCCCAUGAGCAUGUGGAGAAGGCAUAG